GCGCCUUUCGAAUUUUAAAUGGCUGUCACAACGGAAUCUACACAGUAGCUAUGUUAACACCUUGUCAAUAAUAAGUCAUUCAGAACUAACAGCUAUAUUACAACGCCGGUAUCUAGAAAUAAUGACUGUACUUUCUCACGGGCUGGCUCGCAUCGUUUAAAGAAUUUUUUAACUAGAUUAUAUAUAUGCAAAUCAUUUACUAUAUAAUGGGAGAAAUCUAGAAGAAGUCAAAGACAAAUUCGGAGCGGACCGUUAAUGUUCCGACCGAGUGGGCCGGUUCUACCGUCCAUACGAUGCAUAGGCGUAGAAUCGGUUAUAGCUAGACUGGAGAUAUCUGAGUCUGACUGGAAAUACGAUUCCUGCUCCUUUGUAAACGCGCCACAACAUGCCACUGUAAAAUCCCAAGGGAAGUCCGUCGGGAGGCCGCAACCGCAAGCGGUCACCAGUCUGUAUCCGAAGCAGCUGCAGGAUAUACCGUAGAUUUUUGUAUUAGCAUCGUCCUGUUUCGUAUACUUUUAUCCGUUUCAGAACUUGGUUACACGUUUAAAAAAUUUCAACCAGUUUUGCACCAUUAUUACUUAAACUGUUGCUCUCUCAAAUAUACACUCGAAAAUGUUUCCCACGGGACAACGUGUCGUGAUAAUCUGAGUGAGGAUACGCGUGGUGGAUAAACUCUUUGUUUGCUGUACUGGACGAAGACGCCGAUAACGCGUGUCAACUUUAUCGUGAGCUUCAGCAUACGAGUUGCAGCCAGCAGGACGGAGCUGCCAUCACAGCGACUCCUCCACAUGUGGACAUCCCCGUCCCAACUUAGGAUUGGCCGGGCACCUAGGAAAAAGUCGACGCCGUAAGUGGACAGCAUGGACAACAUUGACAAGAGGACACCGGGCACUAGGAGGAAGCUUUCCUUUCUUGGAUUUGGAAGACGAAGUUCGACCGACGGACAUGGCACUGAAGCGGGACCGCAACUUGACGAGGAGAUGGAGAAGGUUUUUGCCAUGGAUUCCGGCGAGAAGUUCGACGUAGCCCGAUUAGGCUCACCGUCGGAAUCCGCGGGUUCGGAUCGAGAACGUGAUCGCGGAGCGCCACCUAGGUACAACGAUCUUGACGUUAAUCAACACCGUAAACGAAGUUACCCACAUCCUCAUAUGCCAUUGAAGAGUCUACACUCGAGAUCUAUGCGCCGACACCUCUCGCCUGAGGGUUCCGGGACGGAAAUCAGUCCAGACGAAGACAGCGCGGGUAACGUGCCAACCGGUACUGGAGACGUUCAGGGUGCCGAUCAUUUUGACAACACGCCAGUGAGCGACAACGUCGGGGAUGAAGACACUUUCGAGGAUGGCGAACAAGUCCUCAGCAGCGAGAGCGAAGCUCCAAUUUCCGAAAGAGCAGCUUCAGGAAUCACUGAGAGUCCUGGCGUGGGUAUUCCAAGAGUCCAGUUUCAAAAGAUUCGAGAGGAAGGUGCCGUGAGUCCACCUCCGGAGGAUAUUCCUAGCGAGGAGGACAGGAAGACACGCAGACAUCAGAAACACGAGCACAAGAGACAUCAUCACAAGUCACGCAAGUACUCCCUCCAAGAGGAUCCACAAUGGAGAAAGCGUUCAGGGGCUGGUCUGCCGGAUGGUACGGGCCCUCUCGGAAGAAGAGUCAGCGUACAGCCGGAAGAAGCGAGUACACUUCAGGAGCUAGACAUCGACGGCCUGGAGUCUCACAGGAGCGACGAUCCAAGGGGCAUGAGACGUCACAAGGCGGCUCACUUGACCGUCCAGAUCGGACGCAAGAAGGAAGGCGGAAUUCCGCACGAGACCUUCAAGAAGAUGUACGAUCACUCGCCCCACGAGGUCUUCGUGCAGCUCGACGAGCUUCACGGCAUCGGCGAGGAAAGGGAAUGGCGUGAAACAGCUCGAUGGAUAAAGUACGAGGAGGACGUCGAGGAAGGCGCCGACAGGUUCGGUAGACCCCACGUCGCCUCUCUCAGCUUCCACUCGUUACUGAAUUUACGUCGUUGCCUCGAGACCGGCGUGGUCCUUCUUGAUCUUGAGGAACGAGAUCUGCCUGGAUUGGCUUAUAGAGUUGUCGAACAGAUGGUCGUCGAGGAGCUGAUCCUGCCGGAGGAUCGUCCUGUCGUUAUGAGGGCUCUCCUUUUACGGCACAGGCACGUUCACGAGAACGAUCGUGGGUUUCGAUUUGGUGGUAAACGCAACUAUUCCAGCUACACCAGUCUGCAGUCUAUCUGGCUGGAGGAAGAGGAGGCCGCGCGAGAAGCCGCUGAGAACCAUGUAACCCGACAUAAUCUGAACGACUCAAAGCCGAAGAUCGUUUCCUCGAAUCUGGCCCUUGACAACAACCACACUACCGUGGACAUGAAGGAGGAACUUACUUUUACGAGUAGCACCGAGGAUCUCAAAAAAGGGCAUAACGAUCAUAUCCUGAAGAGGAUCCCUGCUGGCGCCGAAGCGACGGUCGUCCUGGUCGGUGCCGUCGAGUUCCUGGAUCAACCAACAAUUGCGUUCGUUAGAUUAGCGCAAGCUGUCUUCAUACCGUCCAUCACGGAAGUUACUAUACCAGUGAGAUUUAUGUUUAUCCUUCUUGGACCGAGGAACGUUGAUCUGGAUUACCAUGAGAUUGGUAGAUCAAUUUCUACUCUGAUGGCCAACACGUCCUUCCACAAAGUCGCUUACAAGGCUACCGAGAGGAGAGAGCUGUUGUCAGCCAUCAACGACUUUCUGGACGAUUCCAUUGUCCUUCCUCCUGGCGAUUGGGAGAGGCAGGCACUGUUGCCAUUUGACGAGCUCAAAGCUAAGAGCGAAGCCAUUAGAAAACGGAAGGCUAAAGCACUUGAAAAGAAAAGUAAACCAGUGCAGAGUGAGGCGGCUCUCAAGAAAGCACUUCUGGCUGGUGAAGACGGGAAGAAACCUCCAGAUGACGGGGAUCCUUUACGACGUACUAGGCGGCCAUUCGGUGGGCUCAUAAAUGACAUCAAACGACGUUAUCCGUUUUACCUAUCGGAUUUUACCGAUGGUAUCAAUUCGUCCUGCCUUGCAGCGGCGAUGUUCAUGUAUUUCGCCGCACUGUGCACGGCCAUAACAUUCGGUGGUCUCUUGAGCGACAAGACCCGCAACGUCAUCGGGAUCUCCGAGACCCUGGUAUCCUGCUGCUGGACUGGCGUGAUAAUGGCUCUAUUCGCUACUCAACCCUUGGUUAUCAUCGGCACAACAGGACCCCUGUUACUCUUUGACGAGAGUCUCCACAAAUUUUGUUUGGCGAAUGAACUCGAAUUUCUCACUGUGAGAGUCUACGUCGGUGCCUGGAUGGGAGUCAUCGCCCUAGCCAUCGCCUCUGUAGAAGGUUCUGUUCUAGUAAGGCUGUUCACACGCUUCACGGAAGAAAUCUUCACUGGAUUGAUCUCGUUACUUUACAUUGUGGAGACAUUCAUCAAGCUAGUUAAUUACUUCAAACGCCAUCCACUUCUUCAUCAAUACUGUUUUGCCCCUUUGCUUAACGAUACGACCACCCCGACGCCAUACAACGUUACGGAAUUGGUAAUCGCAUCUGACAUGGGAAACUCCACGGUCGAUUCCAUGGAAUACAAUCAUCUGAUACCGAGCUCCGAUCCAGCAGGGUUUAUCAAUCAGCCUAACACUGCUCUCAUGUGCACGAUAUUGUGCCUGGGUACCUUCCUCGGGGCGUACUACCUUCGAAUCUUCCGUAACAGUCACUACCUGGGCCGUAGUGCCAGAAGAGCCUUUGGAGACUUCGGAGUCCCUAUCAGCAUCGUUCUUUUUGCUAUCAUUGAUUAUUUCGCCAAUGUCGAGACGGAGAAACUUCAAGUACCAGAUGGUUUGGUACCUUCGGAUCACACCAGAAGCUGGUUCGUAUCUCCUGCUGGAAAGGAGAAGGCGAUUCCUCUCUGGAUGGCUUUGGCUUGCUGCGUUCCAGCGUUUCUCGUCUAUAUCCUUGUCUUCAUGGAAACUCAAAUCUCUGAACUCAUCAUUGACAAGAAAGAACGUAAGCUUCGCAAGGGUAAUGGCUACCACAUGGACAUCGUAGUAGUUUGUUUAAUGAACGUCGGCUGUGGUCUUAUGGGGGCUCCAUGGUGCUGCGCAGCCUCAGUGCGCUCCUUGACCCACGUUUCAGCAGUGACGGUAAUGUCCCGCACUCACGCACCAGGAGACAAACCCCAUAUCGUCGAGGUGAAGGAACAGCGAGUGAGUGGGCUUCUGGUAGCAAUCCUGGUCGGUGUGAGCGUCCUGAUGGCUCCUUUACUAAGACGCGUUCCCAUGGCCGUCCUCCUUGGGGUGUUCCUCUACAUGGGUAUUUCGUCGACUAACGGAGUCCAGUUAUUCGACCGCAUCAAACUCUUCUUCAUGCCAGUCAAACAUCACGGUACCGCUAACUACGUGCGCAGAGUACAAACUUACAAGAUGCACAUCUUCACCCUAACACAAAUCCUGUGCCUGGCCAUUCUAUGGGUAGUGAAGAGUACCAAGGCCGCUCUGGCACUGCCGUUCUUCCUCAUCCUGAUGAUCCCGCUACGAGCUCAGAUGAGACACUUCUUCACCGCCGCGGAACUUCGCGCCUUGGACAGCAAGGAACCCGAACCCGAGAAGAACGAGGACGAACCGGACUUCUACGAAGAAGCACCUCUCCCUGGUUAGAUUGUGCCUUAGCUUAGCUUAUCCAACCUAUUAUCCGUUAUCUUGUUACUAGCGAAACGUUACCUAUUACCUCUCCCUCACGUUGUACUUUCUGUUAUGUCUUCAUAAUGGUAUUCUUAGGGUGGCUCAAAUGAAUUUAAUGGAUUUUUUCAUUAAAGUCUAUUUCGGUGCGAAUGGAAAGGUCUAUUAUAGCGAGAUAUACUUUUAAGCUUUCUGCGUCAACGAACGUGACGAUCAUAUUCGCGAUUCCUAAUAAUUUGUAAGAAACGGUAUUAGCGAGCUAUGAUCGUUUAUUUGUUGAUGAGGUACAUGAGGAUAUCCUGUUGUAUGUAUCAUACGUAGUUUGUAAAUAGUUAACUAAUUAACGUAGAUUUUAAAUUUAAUUAGCGGCACAGCUCUUGCGAACUUAAAUUUAUCUUCUACAAUUCAAUAUUCUUCUACAUACUUCACCAGUAAUUCAAUGAAGGAGUAGUACCUGUGGUCGCGUUAUGAUCGUGUCGAGUCUUAUGACUUUGUAUAAGAGUAAUUCGUAUACGUGGAUAUUCACGGAACGUGGGGAGUGCCAAAAUCAUGUAUAACGUGGUGCUAUCGAUGCUAAUAUGUCCAUCAUGGCCAGAAUAUUUUUAGUAUUUUCGAACAAGUCGUGAUGACAUUUUUUUAUUUCAUAAUCUUUAACAAUCUUGUCCGAAAGGCCAAUUGAAGAAACAACCGGAUAAAUAUUGUAUCGUGUAACUUUGUUCUUUCAGCGAAAUCUAUAUUUUUUCAUCUAUCAAUGAUAUAAAAAAAAAAGAAACAAUCCUCAAUGUGAAAUUUAAAGAAUUAAGGUAUUUACUGUUGCUACCAGAUAAUAAAAAGGUAAUCAAUUUCCAAGAAAUAAGUUUCCUGGUGCUACUACAAAUAUUUAGAAGUAGAGAGGACAUGAGGACAUAAGAAUUUUAUCAUAUUUGACGAAAUUUUUCCUCUACCAUGAAUUGUUCUGACCAUAUUUUUCAUGUGUACCUUAUCCACGCUACCUCCAUGGAUCCGACUAAGGGAUUCCAUGAGAUCAAAUAAAAAUCGUAUAUUGUUAAGUUUAAAGAUCUAUCAAAUCGAUAUGGCCUGUUUGGAUAGUACUUAGCGUCUCUCGACGUAAUUUUACACAAUUUUAGCUGUCAGCAGCUAAUAUCAUUUCUUUUGAGGUGAUUACCGCCAAACAAAAACAAUAUAAUUUUCAUAAUCUAUACGAUUCGAAUGUACUUAUAUGCGUUGGCUAGGGAUUCAAGACGUGUAGACCAACUAAAUGUACUUACAAAAUUGUUCUUAUCAGAGGCAAAUAUUGAACGAUGAAAAAUUGUGAAAGGAAGAAAAAUAUUACUCGAAAACUUAAUGAAAUUAGAGACAAUAAAAAAUGAUGUGGCAGAAGAGACAUAUUAUAAGUAGAAGUGACCAGUGGAUAUAUUACAUCGUGACAGUUAAAAAGAACAAUCUAUUAAAAUCAUUUUGACAAUUGGCAUAUAAAACAAUUUUAAACAACAAACGUAUUCAAUUUUUUUGAAAUAUCUCGAUGACACUCGUUAAAGUUUUGGCCUUUGGUCUAUUUUUUUUUCUUCCAAAAUUGAUGUGAAUAACUUAUGUUCAUGUGCGCAUUAAGAUUCAUUAAAAAUAAAAAAAAAUUAUCAAGGCGAAGGAGUAGUUUUAAAAACACUGCCACUAUAAAAUAUAUCGGUUUACUCUCGCGGCUCUGCGUGUUUAUGAGAUUGUGUUACUUAUUGUGUAUAAUUCGCCGAAGUUUUUCUUCCUUAUAUUGAAUUAUCUUAACAGAUGGACGAUUGAGGUUCUAUUUUUAGAAACAGGCCGGUUGAAAGGGUACAAAAGAAAAAUGCUAAGAAUUUAGUAUCUUAGGAACAUUGGUGUUUACUUAAAAACUUUGGUCUUUGCAAUCGAUGUAAAUUGAGAGCUUUACUUAUAAAGUAUACAUACAUGGCAUUAUGGUAUUCGUAUAUCAUAUAAGAUUAUAAGAUACGAUAGGUAGAUAGAAAACCAUAUAUCAAUUUGAAAAAGUUAUGCAAAUUGUCGAUCGUGGUUUAUACUUUAUAAUGGCCUUUGUUUUUUAUCUUCGUAUUUGAUCUGGUUGAAUAAUCUUCAUAAUAUUAGUACUCUGUACUAUGUUUGAAGCCUCUUUUUUUUUUAAAUUAUUCUCUGAGGUUUACACGUUUUGAAUCAAAAUCUAAUGGUAAUGGUGAAUGGUAUAUUGAUGUUGCAAUAAGACAAAUAUACAAUAUACAAUUAAUGCAGUAGAUGAAAAGAGAAUAUUCUAAGAGAAACAGAAAGAGAGAUAUAAUGUGAGAAAUAUAUUGUAUUUUCAAUUCUGUAGAGUAUUUUACUAAUCGACAUAUUGUUAUUAAAUUGUCAAAGAAUUAAGAACCAGCUCUGAUAAUGCUACUUCGACGAAGAGUUAACAGUACAAGCAGUUUACUUGCUAUUGUUUAUUUAUUUAAUAUUAAUGCUAUAAGUAAUGGGAAUGAAAAAAUGACAAAUAGUAACGAGUCCUUCUAGAAUAUUGUGAUAGAAAAAACCGCGUUUGCUCGAACCUCACGGUACUUAUUAUUAACAGUUAUUGUUGUAAUGAGAAAAAAAUGUAGAUUGUUUGACGAAUUUAAUACUUGUCAGACAUGGCUCUAUAUCUUAUAAUAUAUUAUUGAGACACGUUAUUAUAUCUAUGCCACAGAUAUUACCUAUAUUUGAGAGAUUAUUAUGUUCAUCAUUGUUAUCGAAUGAUGAAACUAUUGUAAAUAUUUUAGUUAAAAUACAGUAUUAAAAGUAAUAAUUAGUAAUAGGCUAUUAAUAGCUCGUUUACGCCUUAAGUACAGAGAAUAAAAUAUAAUAAAACAAUAUUUUAAUUGUC